ACCAAAAGAGUGUGGGGAUAAAUUGGACAGCUUCCGUCCCUCGCUCGCACCUCCCCCAUUUGUUCCUCCGUCGACGGCACGAUUUCAGGAACGGUCUGCUGGAAGGCCGCCAGGUCACACAGUGUAUUCUACUGCUAUAGUGAUACUUGACGGAUGGCGCAAGUGUACUCUUGGCUGAGUUUUAUUAAGUUCCGAGUUUUGUUCCUUGAUGGAGUUAUUGAUUGGCGACUUUCUGCUAAUGGAGACUUUAUUCUCACCUCUUUGAUGAACUGCACAUAGAAUCACACAUCCAAUCUACAGUACCAAGAGGCUGGCGUUCCGAUUUUCUUUGAAGUUGGGGUAGUGUUUGCAUUGCUGCCUUAUUACUGGACUUCUUGCCUUUGCAUGUAUGCAGCACACUUUCUAUCAACAACUUUGGCAUCUUCUUUUUAUCUUACAUGGCCACUACAGCCUUUGCGAGAGCCUAUUUGAAAGUCAUGAAACCACUGCAUGAAAAUUAUACUGCUGGUGUCUUUCACUAGCUCUUUCAUUGCCCUGUCCCCUUUUCUUCUAUCGACUUUUCUCUGUUUCACUUACUGCUUCGACUUUUAUCAAGAAUGGAGUCAAUAAACAAUCGAUAAGUUGAUCAAAUUUCACCAUAAACUUUGGUGCACUUCUCCAGUGUGCUGGUUGAUACUAUUUAUUCGAAGUAUCUGUUUAUUGUCCUUGAGACUGCAGUGGGACAACAAUCUCUCGUACAUUUUGGCCUAUAUGUUAGAAUGUUUUUGGAUCUUCUGUGUCAGUUUGAACUCUCAACAAGUAUCUCAAUGCUCUUAGAAGCUCUUCCUGAGAAGUGCUUGUCUGUAGUGGGAACACACUCAUUGUUGCACACGCAUCCUUCUUUUGACUAGGACAAUAAAAAGUGCACAGUCAAGGAUGGAUAGGUACAAAUUAAUCAAGGAAGUUGGAGAUGGAACUUUUGGGACUGUUUGGCGGGCAAUAAACAAGCAAAGUGGUGAAGUGGUUGCUAUUAAGAAGUUGAAAAGAAAGUAUUACUCAUGGGAGGAGUGUUUGAAUCUACGGGAAGUAAAGUCUUUGCGAAGGUUAAAUCAUCCAAACAUUGUCAAACUCAAGGAGGUGAUUAGAGAUAGUGAUAUGUUGCACCUAGUAUUUGAGUACAUGGACUGCAACCUCUACCAGCUUAUGAAAGAAAGGGGCAAACCCUUUUCAAAUGUUGAAAUUCGAAAUUGGUGUUUUCAAAUCUUUCGAGCAUUAGCUUACAUGCACCAGCAUGGUUAUUUUCAUCGUGACCUAAAGCCUGAGAACUUAUUGGUAAUUAAGAACCUUGUGAAGAUAGCAGAUUUUGGCCUUGCUCGUGAAGUUCAUUCGAAGCCACCAUUCACAGAAUAUGUUUCAACACGCUGGUAUCGAGCUCCAGAAGUUUUGCUUCAAUCUUCUAUUUACAGUUCUGCAGUUGAUAUGUGGGCAAUGGGAGCUAUCAUGGCUGAACUUUUCACACUUCGUCCCCUUUUUCCUGGAUUGAGUGAGGCAGAUGAGUUAUUCAAAAUCUGCAAUGUUAUUGGAUCUCCAAAUAGGUACUCUUGGUCAGAAGGACUACAACUUGCAGAAGCAAUGAAAUAUCAGUUCCCACAGUUUGCUGGUAUCCCUCUUUCCGUGCUGAUUCCAACAGCCAGCAAGGAUGCUAUUGACCUUAUCUCGUCACUUUGUUCGUGGGACUCCACUAAAAGACCCUCUGCAUUGGAGGUUCUUCACCAUUCUUUCUUCCAGUCUUGCUUUCACAUACCACCAUCACCUCAGUUGAAACCAGAGGGAGUGUACAAAACACCUUCAUCAGCCAUUAAAGGUGCGUUGGUGUCAAAAUGUGUUAGAGACCCCUCUCUUGGGGUUUUAUCCAGUACAAGGCUUGCAAGAAACUUUCCGACCCAUAGUUCAAAUGAGUUUUCAGGGAUAGGUGUGCAAAGAAAGCUGGAGAUGAAUCAUCGGGACUGCCAGAAGGAUAGAACGAUUGAGAAUGAUGUUAAACCAUAUAACCAUCAGAUAACUCCAAGGAACAUCAAAGAUGGAUCUCUCGUUAGAGAUGUACAUAGGACCUCAACUGUGAUAGAGAAGUUGGCCAACCUGAAACUGAACUCGAAUAGAGGUAUGGAGGAAGAUGGCAAGCUGUUAUAUGUGAAAUCACAUCCGCAUAGACAACCUCCAAAGAAUGGAGUAUGGCGUGCUCAUGCCUACAAUCUCGGUCGACCCCGUGAAGUUCCUGCUGCUGGAAGUUAUUAUACUAGAAAAGUCGUUGGCUGAUGCCCUCGUUGAUUACUAGAGGAAGCUUGGUUUGUGGUGGAGGUACCAAAAACCUUAACUUGCAGUCUAUCACUAUUUUAUCAAUGUUCUACUAAAUAAAACCAUAACAACCAUAUGUUGUGUUGAUGUACGUGUUUUUCCUAGUCUGAUGUGUGUUUGUUGAGCUUGUUCUUCGUAAUUUUGAAUAUCAUAAUAAUGAAUUGUUGCUGGGAUGAUUGUGGUGAGGAUUAGAAAACGCCAGGCAUGCUGUGUAAUUCCAAAAUGCCACAUUACAUUGGUUUCUUUGACAGUGUUUAACUAUUUAAUAUGAUUAUUUGUCGAUGUGCUUAAAUCAA